UACUACAAUCAAAAUGACCAAGGCCGGAACCCAGACUCGCGUUACUUACACCGCAAAGUCAAACACCUCUGGAACCUCAGAAACCUACAUCAUCUUCGUCGAAUCCAAAUCCGCCGUCGACACCUACCGCGCUUCCUCCUCCACCCCACUCGUCGACGUCGUCAACUCUUUCGACAUCUUUGUUACCCACAAGCACGGAAAGCAGGGAACUUUGGAUCAUGCGUCCAAGUUGCAGCUUGAGAACGAGUUCGGGACGUCUAAGCCCGAGGAAGCUAUCGUCAAGAUUUUGAAGGAGGGUGAGGUGCAGGCCACCUACGAGGGUGAGAAGGAGGGAAACAGGAAUGCCUCUAUUGGGUCCUUGGGCGCCCACUAAGCGCAUCGCCACUACGAAGAAAG